CAGAUAGUGCACAUAAUAAACUUAAAAAAAUUCAAAAAUCGGGUAUGGACGAUAAAGAAGCGAAUGAAGAAGAUGCGAAUAUAGUUUCAAAGAUUGCUUCUUUUUUUACAUGCUGUGUGAUUGUUUCUAAUCCUCCUAACUGA